AUGGGACAAGCUUCUCAUAAACACCAAAACAAGGAAGGUAAUAACGGCUCUUCGUUGGCCAAUCCUGCCAACGCAUCCAAACAUUCCUCUAGGAGCAGCAACAACAGUAGCAAUAGCUCGAGCUCGAGUGGUCAUAGCAGCAACAAUGACCUCCCUACUAAUAACAAUAAUAACAACAAUAAUACAUUAUCUAACAACAACAACAACAACUCCAAGUCCAGCAAGUUCGGAAAACGAACAAAAAAGAAGCAAGCCAAGGCUGUAAUGGUUGGGUUGGAUCAUGCAGGUAAAACCAGCAUCAUGCUCAAACUCAAACACAACAAGGGUAAGAAUUUACCAUCCACAGUUCCUACCUUGGGUUUCAACGUGGAAGUGUUAAAGUACAAACGAACCGUCUUUACCAUGUUUGAUAUUGGAGGCUUCUUCUUUAAAACCAAACAAUUGGCACAACAUUAUUUUGAGAAGAAUCAAGCAGUGAUUAUUGUGGUGGACUCGAGUGAUCGUGAGCGUUUUGAUGAAGUCAGAGAAAUGAUUCAUGUCGUUACUGAUAAUCAACUCGUUUCCGAUUGUAAGAUUCUCAUCUAUUUCAAUAAGCAAGAUAUUGAAGGAGCAUGUAGUGUCGAGGAAUUUAAGAAGGAAUGUUUGGGAAUGAGUGGUUUCAACACUAAUCAAGGCGUUGUAGAUUCAUCUUGCAUGUCCUCCUCAUCAUCAUCAUUUAGUUCUUCUUCAGUAACCACCCCAACUUCUUCCACCUCCUCAUGGCCUGCUGCUGCUUCUGGCGCCUCAACCACGAAAACUCAUUAUUCCGGAACUAUUAAGGGUUCUUCUUCCACUUCAUCAUUGUCCUCUUCAACAUGGACGUGUGCUUGUAUCAAACAACAAUUUACCAUUCAACCUUGCAGCGCCAAGACUGGUGAAGGAUUAUUUGAAGGCUUAGAUUGGCUCUCUCAGAACGUGUGA